CCGGGACCAGUUGAAGUUGUCGCUCGCCCUCUUCCAAUACCAACUGCAAAAAUGUCUGGGGCUGGAAGAAUGCUGCAAGACUUGUCAUGCAGGUUUUGUAUGAUCCAUGAUUUCUGUGAUGCACCGCGUAGCAUUACAGAGUUAGUGGGUGCCUCCUGAUGCCCAUACCGCAUGAGAAAUACCGUAACCGCGUAGCAGAAACUGGACUGGUGUUGCUCCUCACGCAUUACAGAUUUUUGUAGGAUCCAAAGGCAGCACCAGCAUAACAAGCUGGAACCCUAUUCCGGACCCACUCAUAUUUGCAUUUAUGCAUAUACAAGGGGCACGAAAGGCCUGCGAGCAGGUCGUCGGUGCUCCGGAACAGGUGGUCGUCAACAGGCGUCGGGUGCUGCAGAAGCAGUAUCAGAAGAUCGUGGGAGCCAUCCGAGACACCGUAUCAUACUGAAAACUUUAUCGUACUGGCAGGUGCGACGUGGUAUAAAAUCUGUCUGCAUCUUCGUCCACAAAAAAAAAUUUCCUUUGAAACGCAAUUUUUUGCAAGAUAGCGCAGAGUCGUCUUAGACACGUUGCCGUGUGCUGAGUUCGGCCACAAUCCAACCAUUGUGGAGAAACCUUUUUUCUUUGAACAGACGAAAUCAACAAGCUCCAUCUGUCAGGCUGACAUGAAUCUUUUCGACAUGUCUACUUAGCUGUCUUUGAAGACCCGUAGAAAGACACACUGCCAGCUUGAUGUAAAGUUUUCAGUUUGAGAACGCAAAGAGCGAAUCGACGCGGUGGUCAAGCUGCUGGAGCAGCAUGACAAUGUCGUGGAGCGCGGCUACUACCAGGCCAUGUACGGAACAACUGUCGAACAAAACAUUGUGCGCAGCCAGACCACAAACGGAGAUGCUAGUGCCGGCACUAGGCUACAACAGGGACAGCCGAGUAACUCUCUCGUCGCGCGGCCAGUAACUCUCUCGUCGCGCGUCUCUCGGCUCGUUGUCACCCCCGACGCACCAACGGACUCCUUACCGGCCACCGACGCGACACGCGCGCGCGGUUUUCCUCAUUUGGAAAUGGGAUCCUUCAAUUGGUGCUUACGAUACGACUCUGGACUUGCCGACGACAUUGCGAUACUGGUUGUGGAUGAGAAAACGAUGCUACGAUGGGAAACCGAUGCUCUAAUGGGAGAAGAUGACGUGAUGAGGAUUGGGGCACGAAGCUUGUGGAAGUUGUUUAUGGAUUUAUGCUAUACAGAUUUGGACUUACGAUUUAGAAUUCCAUGUAGGAUAUAGACUUUUAGUUUCGGCCUGUUUCUGUAUCAAGCUUCUGUAAGAUUUAUGGUUUUAGAUUUUGACUAUGAGAAAAAGCGUUGGGGGCGGUUUGGGUAAAUGAAAACUGGUUGGAAACGCUAUUUCUCAUAGAUCAAAUUGCAAAAAUGAACAGGAUGAUAAGAAAAAGGAAGCGAAAUCGAUCGAGCAAGAAAAAGACCAAAAACCAAGGAAAAGCAAGCAAAUUCUUGCCACGAUCGACAGAAAAAGGAAAAGGAAAAGAGAAGAAGAAGAAGGCAAAGACAUUAGGUUUGAUUUACAUUGGAUCCGCAUGAAAAACUGGACUUUCUUACUACUUUCAAGGAGCGGAGCCAUGGCUACGGUCACAAUGGGCAAGGUUAGGAAUACGAAUUUAGCAUAAGAAACUGGAAAAACUAGACUGCGG